AUGCCAGUACAGUCAAUCGAUUGCAGCUAUCGAUACAUUAAUGAAAAACGCCUUAAGGCUUUGAUGCGUAGGCUUUUCCCUUGGCAUGAACGAAGAUUUCAAAGAGUGGUGCGAUGGAUAUUAAUAGAUGUGCCGCGAGAUCUUACAGAGGAAGAGAUCGAGUCGUGCCAAUACUGA